AUGGACGUCUCCUCGUCCCUAAGGGGCUUAUCUUCGGUGGCGAUUGGGCCAGUCCUAAUGAUGAACUGGCGGAGAAUCGUCGCUUACUUCCCGGCGGUCGAAAGGCUCAUCGACGGACUAGACUCGGAGAAGCUGCUUCACGCGCUGUUAGGGACAAGGACCGGUCUCUCCAUGCUGGGCGUUCUGGGUUCAGUCGUGGCUGCCCACCUCCUCCACCUGGCCUGGAAUAGCGCCUGGCGCCUCGUGAUGAGCAAUUUCUACACCAAGUGCUCUCUCUCCGAGCACAGUACUCUUCACGAUCAGGUGCUGAGCUGGGUCACCAAGAACCCCAGAUUCCAGUCCGCCACGAGGGUCAAAAUUAUGGACCGAAUUGACGACACGGUGGAAGUCUCGGAUACAGAGGACUCCAUUGACAUCGAACGGAUGGUGAAUGAGAUACCACCCACUUUCCGCCCCGAGAUUGGCCAGGUCCGCUUCUGGCACAAAGGUGCAUACAUCUGGAUGUUCGAACGCAAGGACAAAAGGCUCGAGUAUCACGGAAAGCAGGCGCCGGACAACUGGCUGGACAUUUACUGCUUCAGCUGGAAUCGAAGCACACAGCCUUUAAAGGACUUGCUCCUGCAAAUUCUGAAAGAGGACGCUGCUGAAAAUUGCGACAAAACACUCAUAUGGAGUCCCGGGCAACAAAUGGGUCCCUUCGGCAACAUGCCUUACUGGUCGAGGUCUCAGUCACGCCACAGGCGGCCACUGAGCACCGUCAUUCUGAACCAGCAGCAGAAAGACACAGUGGUCGACGAUAUCGCCAACUUUCUCUCUCGCUCAGGGGUUCUGUGGCACAAGGAGAAAGGACUGCCUCUCCGCCUGGGUUAUCUAUUCAGUGGCCCUCCUGGCACCGGUAAAUCAUCCCUGGCCUUCGCCCUUGCCAGCAACUUUGGUCUUCCCGUCCACAUGAUCAACCUGUCGGCCCCGGGGCUCAGCGACACCGAUAUAGAAGCGCUCUUUUCCAGCGUCCCCCGCCAUUGCAUCGUCCUCCUGGAGGACGUCGACGCGACUCAGCCCCUGUCAAGGAAGCUGGCGGAGUCGAAGGGCACCGACGAGCAGAGCACCUCCCUUCCGCCAUUGCCACCUUCAGAUGAUGACGAUACGCCACCGCUGCCAUUGCCGCCAGGCCGCAGGGGCAAGCGUGCGGGCAACAAGCGCGGCAACACUGUCACACUGAGCGGUCUCCUCAACGCCAUUGACGGGGUCGCGGCCUCAGAAGGACGCAUCCUGAUCAUGACAACCAACCACAUCGAGAACCUCGACGAGGCGCUGAUCCGCACGGGGCGCGCCGACCGCAUCGUGACCUUUACGAACGCCACCAAGCAGCAGGCGGGUGAGAUGUUCGCCAACGCCUACACUGGCGCCCGCUGGGGCCAGCACAUGUCGCGCGAGGCCGUGGCGCGUCACCCUGAGAUGGAGGAGUGGGUCGACGCCGACAUCCCGCCGCUGGCGGCCGAGUUCGCGGACCGGAUCCGGGGCGGCGAGUUCAGCCCGGCCCUGCUGCAGCAGUACUUCAAGGACUUCCGCGCCGAGCCGCGCGCCGCCGUCCGCGAGGUGGAGGCCUGGAUGAAGGACCCGCGCGCCUACCGGAAGCCCUCGCUCGGGCACAGGCCUGCCACGGCUGUGGCUGCGUCGGGGGACGAGGGGGAGAGGCUGAACGGACACUGCAAUGGUUCUUCUAGAGUUCCGAAGGCACCUGAAUAG